UAACUAUCUCGACAAACAAUGCAGGUCGAGACUCUCACGUUCUAUGUCCAGUGUCCCACACCAUCCUCAUCACAUCAGCUGGCAGAAGCACUGUGUUCUAUGCCAAACUUGACUGACCUGGCACUCUUUGGAGUGGGUCUCACUGAGGAGUUCCACUCUGCAUUGAAAGCAAAGGCCUCAUUCAUACAGGUCCAGACUCUCAGGCUUAAUGUGAAAUGUCCCACACCAGCCUCGUCACAUCACCUUGUAGAAGCACUGUGUGCUAUGCCAAACCUGACUGAGCUGAUACUUGGAAGUGAUGUCAAUGAGGAGGUCUACUGUACAUUGAAAGCAAAGACAUCAUCCAUACAGGUACGUGUAUAUUACAGUAAAUGUCAUGGAGAAGUUCAUUGAAUGAAAGAAAGUGCAGUCACAAUUAUAUGGUGCACAUGCAUGUAUUGGUAAUUUGGUAUAUGUUUUUUUUUAAUUUUAAAAACGUUUGAAUGCCAUAUUCUUCAUACGUCAGAAUAGUCAUUAAACAUGGAAUGAAAGCAAACUGUGCACGUUCUGAUUCAAUUGAAAUUGAAGCGUGUAUAGGAUUAACAUUAGUUUGAUUAAUAAUCAAUACUAAGCGUGUCCAAUUUUGAUUGAUGGGGAAAAUAUUUCAUGUAUUCUUUUAAAGGCUUGAAUUUACCAAAACUCUACCAUAGCCAAAAAACUCCUAACGUAGGAUUCUUAUGCACAUGAAAUCAGAGUUUUGAAUAUGUUGGAAGCCUUUUAAGCCCCACUGUACUACUUGUAGCUAAUUGCUCCC